AUGGCUCACAAGUGGACUGCUGAAGACUUUUGCCAUGAACUCCAGCAUGUUGCCAACCUCUUGGUGAAGCGGCCCAACUCUCAAAUGGGAGAAGCUUGCUUGGUUUCUUUGAAGCAGAGGCUCACCAAUGUUACUGACAUGACUGCUAGCACAUUGUCUGCCCUCUACGACAAAGUGGAAGCUGCUGAGUUGCCUCAAAAUAUCAAGGAUGAUAUUUUGCAGACAAUGGAUAGCUUGUCAGUGUCCACAGAGAGCAACCUGCAACUGGAAACCAAAGCUUCCUCUCUGCACUGCUUGCCUCCUUACCUCACCACUGCUGACUGGAAGGCUUUGUCUCAAUGUCACGUUUUGGAUGCCAUGAGAAUCAUUUCUGAAAGAAUGAAGAAAUUGGGCAUCAAGUCCAUGAAGGAAGAGACAAAUAAGACUGCAGUGGCCACACUUCUGCACUUGCAUGUGACUGUGCACAAGAACCCAUUGCCUUGUGCUUGGACCAUCUAUGGAAUGGUUGUGGACUUGGCUCAAGUUUUCAACCAUACUGAGGUUGGUCAGUCAGUUCCUGGGUUGAAAAUGUACCCUAGCAGCCCAAGCCAAUUGGCAAAGGAUUGGUUGAAGAAGGCCUAUGGAAAUGAAGAGCCUUCAAUGUCUGACCUUUCUGUGGCCACCUUCUACCCAAAGAUUCCACUGAGGUCCACUUCGAGCUUGCUUUGGGCUGAAGCACCCGCUCACUGCAAGCACCUUCAGAAGGGGAAUGCCAAGAAGGAGCAUGCAGAUCCUUUGAUGAGCAAGCUCAAUGACUUCAUGGAGAAAUGGGAUUCCAAGCAGGACCAAGAAAAGUUGCAGAACAUGCAACACAGCAGAAUGAACCCACUGCCUUUGCAGAAUACUGGUCAGCAGGCCAUGUCAGGUCUGCCUGGAUGGCCUGUGCAGCCCAGUGCUGGGUCCAGACCUGACCAUGCUGGACCUUUGCCAGUGCAAAAUGGCACACCUGCUGCUGAGGCUAGCAACUUUCAUUAA